ACGCACCACAGCGGCUUACAUACGUACAUACACCCAUACAUACAUAACCAGAUACACACACGAACGCGUAUUAGGCUCGUACAUAUAUGUGGUUUUAUGUGCAUGAGCUUGUCAAUCACGAUUUCAACACGUUUUGGAACACUUCACAAACACAAACACACACGUUGCAUAUAUUAUAUGUGUUUAGGAGUGCAUUGCAGUGGUGAAACUUCCAAGUGAACUUAAUAAAUUUUGCAUUUUGUAUGCAAUCGAUUGUGUUGGAAUAGCGCAAAAACUUCAUGCAACGUAUACGAAAUCGUGAAAUUUUUUCAUAAAAAUAGCACAGAAAAUUUUCAAAAAUAACACAGAGCAGCACCUCCCUGGGCCUGGUUGGUUUGGUUGGCUGUUUGUGUCGAACGCUUGGCUGCUGGCUAACUUGCACAUCUUGUUCAUAUUUUGGGAAUUAGUGUGGCAAAUAAACAGACACACAACAAUAUAUAUAUAUAUAUAUAUAUUUAUAUAUGUAUAUAUAAACGCAUAUACGCAUACAUAAACAAACAAACAUCGAAGCCCACACCACCACAUUGGAACGAACUGUCAACGAAAUUUUUUUGUGUUUUCAUUAUAGAGUGUAUUUACUUUCGUAUGUGUGUGUGAGUGUGUUUCUUGAUUAAAACGUGACAAUUACAACCAUAAAUUGCAUUUUUCGGCAAGGAAGUAACAAAAGAAAAAAUUAAGACUGCAGAAAGAAAGCAGACCAAAUACCGGAUUCGUUUUGACUUGACAAAAUAUGGCGACGCAUACAAAUAUUAACACUUUUUCAACCAAAUUAAAUCGUAAUGUCUUGACUAUGCCAAAAUGGGUGACGGAGACACAUGAUCGCGUUGGACCGAAACCGCCACCACCACCAUCCCCAUCGACGCCGGAUAGCGCUGCGAAGGCGCCAAUUCUACCACCAAAAACGAAGAAUCUACCCGAACCCGAUUAUGAAGUCAUCGAAUUUUCGGGUCAGCAAUAUUCGAAUGAAGUUCUAAAAUCGGGCAGUCGAUCUAAAACGCCGAGCACACCAGAUGCUAAGCUCAAAUGCACACUUUGUGGCUCGCACAAUCCCUGGGUAACGUGUGAGGAAUGCGCGCAGCAGAUCUUUUGCGCCUCGUGCGAUGACAUGUUUCACAAGCAUCCCAAGCGACGUACGCAUGUUCGGAAGGCUAUUGAACAGACACGACCACCAUUACCGCCGAAAAUUCUACCCGGCCAAAAUGGACCCACACCACCGGUAGCACCACCACGGCGCAAGGGACGCGGAUUCACACCACUACUGUCGCGAAAGGAACAGGUCAAUAUGAAUACGCUGCCAAUACCACCAUCGCCGACGCCCUCAAUGAAGAGCACAAGCUGGCAAGAUCGCGUCAGUUCGCUUAAGAGUGGACUCAAUCUGAUGAAUCGCCCUUUACCCGACACACCGAAGACACCCACAAGUGAGGCCACAUCAUCGCGUUCGGUGACACCCAAAUCGGUUUUCGACAGCAUACAACGUCCACCUUCGGUCACAUUGGAGAAGAUUAAGAGUAAGGCUAGCGCUACAUUGGAUCGUAUGGCGCUAUUACAACAACGUUAUCGCCAGCACAAAGAAGACAGUCAGAAGGGCAAUACAGAUCGCAGCGGUUCCGUAACAGAUCAGAACCUCUCAUUCGAUCAAUGGUCAAACAUCUCACCGUCGCCAUCACAUUUUCGCUCAGGCAGCAUGUCGUCCGGGAUCAAUUCAUCUCAUUUUGACCUCACGGAUGAUUCACAUUUUCACAAUAUGUUUAACCAACGGCAGAUGCAUGCGUCCGGUAUACAACAGCAACGCUCUAAUGGCCAAUUUGGUACACGUGGCAUGAGCACAUCCGUUUUCAAUUUGAAUCACAUAAAUCGUCGUGCGCCGGAGCCGCAGACUAAUUGGAUGAAUAAUCCCAUGCAGCAGGCGCAAUCCAUGGCACACCUUAACUGCGCCAACUGCAGCAAUCCACAAACGAAUGCCUGGCAGGCGCACCAACAGCGUAUGCCCGCACAUGCACAUGGUGGCGAGUGGGGUAAUCAAUUUUCCUCUCAACAACAAAUGAAUCGUUCGAAUUUAUCGCUCAACGUUGGCGCUGGUUACAUGCUACCACAUCACCAAGGUACUGGUGGUAUGAUGGCACCACCACCGGUAUUCAUGAACCAAACCGGCAUGAUGGCUGGCAUGUAUCCAUAUCCAUACCAUGCAGGUAUGCCUGUCAUGAAUCCAGGUCUCGUCGGUAUGCCACCGCCAACACGCUCACGUGCCACCUCACGCGCUGGCUCUCGCGCCGAAUCACCAGCGAUGAGCCGCAAGUCCAUGCCGGUACGAAGAAAACAACGCACCACCAGUUAUGUGGAGGAUGAGCUGACCGAUGAUGAAGACUCCGAUCAGGAUGACCGACGCUCGAUUGUGUCCAAUCGUUCGGGCAUGAACAAUACGUUACGUGCAAGACAACGACGUAUGUCGAGCGCCUCACAGCUACUGGAUGAUGAGAGUGAAAUGAAUACACGACAGACGCGCACGAAAACGCGUGAUGCGCGUGAUCGACGUGGUUCCAUUGCCAAAUCGGUGCAAAGUGAUUGGCUGCCAAUCCGACGGCCCACAGUGAAUCAGAGCAACAGUGGUAAUAGACAAAAUGAACCCGGUUUUAUAAAUCCACCCAGAACCAAUCGCAUUUAUUCAGACUUGGAUUCUGAGUCGUCUGGCACACGUGCACUGGUGCAAGCCAAAAUACAAGAGAAACUGGACAAGUCCACGAAGCGUAGCAGUUCGAAAGAAAAAGCCGCGGAGGCUGCGCGUCACAAGCCUGUCAAAGUUUCCACAGAAGUACAAGCAGGCGGUAGUCGACCCAUAAUCAAGGCGACUACUGGCACAGAAACGAAAACCGUAGCAAAGCAAGCACACACCAAAGAGAUAUUAGCUGAAGAAAAUAAAAAAGAAAAUGCACAAACUGAUGACGAGGUAGAGGAUGUAGAGGAAGAGGAAGAAGAAGCUGAGGAGAGUGGUAGCGAAGAAACUGAAAGCGAAGAAGAAGAGGAAGUAGCAACUGGGCAAAAUACACAACUAGUGGAGGAGAGUACAACACAAGUGCCCGUCACCGAUGAACCCAAUGAGGACGACCUUGGACCACCACCUUCAACACCCGAUCACGAAUGGGAGUGUGAGUUCUGUACAUACGUUAACGAACCGAAUGUAAAGAUCUGUUUGAUAUGUUGCAAAACACCCAGUGGAAACGCACGUAAGACGUCAACUACUACCGCACCGAAUCAAGCACCUACAAACGAAACGCAAACUGUCAAUGCACACGUCAGAGCAUCCAUUAGUCCCGAAAAACCGGUCGUGCACAAAGAAGAAAAACGACAUAGCAGCACGGAACGAACGAAAGACAAACCGAAAGACAAAGUUAAAGAGAAACCAAAAGACAAAACUAAUAGUACAAGCACAAGCACAAGCACCGGCAUCGGCCCCACCAGCACAAUGAAACGAAAGACGGGCGUUACACAGAGUAUCAUUACAAAUCUUACGAAUGGAAUGUCCAAACUUAAGAUCACUUCGUCCGAUGCGCAAUCGGACACCUCAACACUGACAAAGAAGAAAGAAACGGUUGAGGAUGUUUGGGCUGCCUUAGAUGAUAAUAUACAGACGACAGCUAACGAAGUAAUGCGUAAGGCUGAAAAGUCCAAACAGCGCACAAAAGUCUCAACUAGUUGUGGUACUUCACCCAUACGUGAAGUAUCUAAGGUCAAAGACGCCCAGCAGAUACAACGGAAAGUGAAAGAGACGGGCACAUCACCGCCACCGCAGAGUGCUGCCACUCAAACCUACGAUACGGUACCACUGAUACAGCCUGAAACAAGAGUCGCAGAAACACUGACAUCCGGUGGAAGUAGUCUCUUCUAUAACGAAAAUUCACAGCUUCAUCGUGAUGUACCCUCGCCGCUAAGCGUAUACUCACCAGAUUUGCCACAUUAUGAGCCAAGACACAAGGAACCCGAAACUGAACUCUACAUCUUACUAAAGGAAGCCGAACUGUAUAAGUUCACACCCGAAGAACUACAUGCUGCGCUGAAAUACUGCGGUCCUUCGGUACACCCGAUACAGUGGCUACGCGAAAACUGGCAUAAACUUAUACAAACUGUACAGAGUUUGUCGACGAAGUAUGGUCAGGAGCGUGUGGAAAACAUCAUAGGCACAGUGUCGCAGACUGAAGCACGAGACGCCUUGCGACAACACGGCGGCAAUAUAUGGCAAGCUGUAUCGGAGUGCAUUGAGCAGCGUCAGAGAAAGUAUCGCGAAAUCUCAAGUAAAGGCAAUUACUCACGCGAAGAUAUCGUAACUGCGCUCACAAUACAUCAAGGCAACGCUGAUUUGGCGCUAUUGGACUUGGGGCGUACGCAACUGAAACCAUUUUUAAUGCGUAUACGCGGCUCGCCGGCAGGUGUGGAGAAUGAGAGUGGCGCGAAUAUUUUUGCAACAAACUCCGGCACUGAGCACACUAUACAACCAGAAAUUCAUGAUUUCCUCAGUGCGAAUGCUUUGGAAUGUUUUCAAACACCAAAUGUAACUGGUGCAACCGCUUUCAUAUCCGAUCAUGCAUCGCUACUACACGAGCCAUCAACUAACGAAUAUCUCACAACUACCAUGCACGAUGACAACUACCGUCAUAGCCCUUAUAGUAGAGAGACAUCAUUAAGUACAUUUCAUCUAGAUGAUUCCACAUUUAAUAACCGCAAUAUGUUAAAAGAUCUUGAGACCCUUAUUGGUAAUAUCGAACAAAAUCAAGCGAAACAAAAUGAGCCUAUGCUCAAGACCAUGGAAGCGAUGUUGGGCGACAGCUUAGGCAAGCGUGAGUUGGACACUGAAAAUGAUCCUGAAAUGAUGAGAAUUCUAAUGAAGAGUCCAAUAAUGACAUUGAAUACUAAGCAGCGCACGCUAUCCGACGUGAAUAGUAGAAGUCAAAGUCAACUCGAUGUGAAGAAUUUCGUUUGGCAACACAUACAGGAAAUCGUGCCAAACUUAGUGCAACAAGUGGAGAUGGAGUUGAUGGAAGAUGAAGCUAUUGAGUCUACAGUAGAAAGAGAAACGGUGGUGGAGCAAAAAGUACAGCCACCCGAACCGCCACCCAUCAAUGCUGAAGAGUUUCUGUUGGAAGAAGUUAUUGGGCCCAAUAUUAAAGAGGCUUCCAUAAGAGAACUGGUGCCACCCGAAUUCAUUUACGCAGCUGAAAUCGCCACUUUCCGCAUGGAGUUCGAUCGUGGGCUGGAUAGAGAACAUGAAGAUGAAUUUGAGUUUGAUUCAUUGGAAGAAGCGGAAAGGAGUGUGUAUAAGCUUUAUUUGGCGCCCGAAGAAGACAAAGCAGCAAAUGAUACUGAGUCACCAACACUUCAGUUGCAGCUACAAAGUGGAAUAGAACUGAGUACAGACGAAAUUCAAAGCGAAACUCAGGAGACGUUCAAAGAGAAUGAUGUAGCAACUGAGCUAAAAACUAUACAGGUUAGCGUUGAAGUCAAGAGUGAGUAUAGUAAAACCCAACUCAAUCCAGAAAAAACAGCUGGUACUGAAGAAAAUGCUGAGUUGCAGCAAACACCAUUAUCUGUGCUUGAUGCAGCUACCCAGGAAGAGAUUCCCGGAGCUGCUGAAAUAGCAACGGGGAACCAAGUACUUGAACCAAUGCCCAGUGCAUCUCCUCAAAAUACUGAAACCAUAUCACAGCCCAGUGAAGACCCACAACUGUCCGGAACGUCACUUCAGAGCCCUACACUUCAGCCAACAGAAACAGACGGUGCUUUUAGUAAUACAAAGUUGCGAAGAAGUGAAAGAGGUCAACGUCGCCAGAGAAGAGGUCAGGUUCAGAAGAACUCAAACGACUCCGAGGAUCAUGCAGCAAGCAAUAUAAGAAGAAAUGAUGCUAACGAACGCAAUCAGGGCAGGAAAGUACACGAAAUGUCGCGAAAAGAUAUAAGCUUGCAGUCUCAAGUGAACGUCUUAACCGAAGGUCUGACUAAUGAACCGACAGCUCAAACGGAGCCACUUCCCGAAGGUAACAAUAAACCGAAUGAACCAAAUGCUAGCAUGAAAGAUCGGCAACCAAAAGUUUCCAGAAUUCCCGUACGCCGAAGCGCAAGUCGUCUAUCCGGUGAGCACAGAUUAAUAAAACCCAGUCAACUAACUGUGAUACAAGCUAGUAACCAACUAAUAACUGAUAAUGAAGUUCAAGCAACUAACAUUGAUCGAAGCAACUUAGAAGAAGAAAAUUUCCCACAAAAUCAAAUAGCUGGAGAGGUAAAGGAAUCGCAAAUAAUAGCUAACGAAGGCGUAAUCAAUGAGACUGUGCUGCGUACUGACGAUCAAAGUGAAUUUGUGUUUACUGGUUUACUUUAUUCGGCCGAAAAUAUAAACGAACCCUUAAAUCAAGUCAUUGAAAUACAAGCGACGGAAGAUUUGAAUGAAAAAGAGACUCAGAGCGAAGCUAACACCGAAGAGAUUACUGAAAUCAUGCAGAGCCCAGCAACAGAAAUCGGAAUUUUGGUACAAACACAACAACCGGAUGAAGAUUUGUAUUUGGCUGCAGCCAAUGAUGGAACAUCUUCGAUAACUCACACAUCUGAGCGUCUCAUUGUUGAAGAAAAUGUCUCAGAAACGAGCAGAAAAGGGCUUUUGCCACAAACUGAAACCACAUCAGAAGUGGAGGAAGUUGUCUCAACAGCUCAAGUGAAACCCGGUACUGAAGGACCAAAUACGCAAAUCAGUGAAAAUAAAGCCUUUCCAACUAAACCUCAAACUAUAGUUGAGUUGGAGAUUAAAUCUGAAGAGCUCCACAAUCAGAUCGAAGGAGCGCCCGCUCUACAAGUAUUGCCGAAUAAUAUUGGUACAAAUGAUGAGAUCAGAGAUGAAAACCUUCAAGAAUUGGCUGAGAGCACAGGUGUUACACAAGCCACUGUGGAGGUAAUUGCUAAAGAAAGCAUGCCACAAACUGCAGGAGAAAUGUCUCCCAGUAUUGCAAAUGAAAUUACCUUACCAUCUGAGGUUAGUAUAAAAGAAAGUGCUGCAGAGGUUGUGGAAGAAACGUCUUCACAAGCAGCUGUUGAGCGCACAGCACAAGACACUGUGAAAGAAAUUAUUGCACUCGACUCACAGAUAACUGCAGAUACCACACUUCAUGAAACCAUUGUAGAACUAACCCAACAAAUUUUGGUAGAAUCCACUGCGCCCGUUGAAUCUGUAGAGACAACUCAUAUUAUAGCGCCGACCAACGAAAUAAAGGAAGAACUAAACUCAGAGGUAAAUGCCGUGGCAGCAGCACCUGAAAUUAACGAUAAAUCCACCAUAUCUGAAGAAACUACACAAGUUAAAGAUCAUACAGAUAAAGUAAUACACGAAACCGACGAAAUAAUUUCGAGGGACACGACAGCUGAAGAAGCAGUUGUAAAGCAAGCACACGAAACUGAUUCACCAACAAACGAAGUCUUUCAAGAUGCAGCAGAUCUUUCAGGAGAUGAAGCAAAUGAUAACGAAGACAGACCAGCUUCCGGACUUAGCAGUCAUGAUGCAAACGAGACUUCUGAAGCUGAACUAUAUAGUGUGGAAAGUGAAUUUUCAAGCCACGAACAAGAGCGCUCCAUCACUUCGGAAACUGGCGCUUUACUCGCAGCAGAUAACGAGCCCCAGCAGUCCAUACAGCAGUCGACCAGCGACACUGCAAUAGACGCAACUCUGAGUAAAAAAUCAAAGCAACCAGCGGCUUUAGAAUUUGUGCUCUCACCUGAUGCCUCAAAACAGAAUCUUUCCGAACUCGUCGAGGAUACGCAACGCUUGAUUAAGCAAAUGAAAGACGAAAUUAAUAUAGAGGAUUUUGAAUCGUCUGAAGAAGAAUACUCUGAUGAGUACACAGAUGAAGAUGAAUAUGAUGAUGACGAUGAAUAUGAUGACGAUUGGGAGGGCUCACUUGAAGAGGAAGACGAGGGCACGGAAUAUGAUGAAGACGACUUAACUGAAAAUGAUCUUAAUGAAGAGGAUUAUUUUGAUGAAGAAGAUGAGGCAGGGUUAAGUGAUGUAGUUGAAGAUGGUGAAGUCAUAGAGGAUGAAAAAAUAGAAGAAAUUGUUGAUGAGGUAUCUGCUACAAGCGGCGCAUCCACUGAGCUAAACACGUCUCAUCAAAGUGAGAGCAUUAGUGCUACAGGUCUUGAUAUACAAAAUACAAUCAUUCCCCGAACAUCAUCUAAUACCGAAAUUAUCAUAACCGUCGAUCCCCCUCAUUCAAACGCUUCUGACACACUACAUGAAGUUGCCGAAAAUGCUUUAUUGACUCAGCUUGAUAAUGAAGUUGUGCCUGAUUCUAAUACUAAUGCAAAUAAAACCAUUACUUAUGCAAACCUAAUAGAACCUUCAACUGCUGAAUAUGAGUCAGAACAACAAACGCCCGAACUGCCGGCGAAGACAGUGCUGUCAGCUGUAAAGAGCACGUCAGACGCGGCGGAGAGCUCGGCGGCGAACUCGGCAAACAAUAGCGAAGCAGCUGCAGUAAUGAAAGACAGUCAAGUAGCUGAAGAGGAAGCAAGCGAUGAAGGUGAACCUGCGAAAAUCUCAGAAACCGAAGGAAAACACCAAGUCGACCAUAAAAAGUCUUCAUCACAGAUUGUUGUUACCAAGAGAGUACAGGAAAGUGUCCCAACAAAGCGAGUAGCGCCAAGUACCAGCAAAGCGGCUGCAACAAAAACUAUUGUUAGUUCCAAAACUGGUGCCGUCAGCAAAAUACCACAACAAAUCAAAAACGAUGCCAACGAAGCGUCCACCUCGAAAGCUGCACGAAGUACACUCAACAGCGGACGAAAUGAAAAACCAAUCUCACAAAAGUACGUCGCCGCCACAAUUGUAUGGCAGACUGAUAAGCUGAAACCGAAGGAAAGUAAAAUACCAAAACAAACAGCGAAAAAAGUGCCACUCCGCUCAAAAUCCUUCUCCGGGCCACCAGGCCCUAUUGGCAUCUCCUCGGUUAAGACGAUACAACAAGAGUUUAUCAACCGUCAAAAACAGUUAACAACACGCUAUGAACCACCCAAAAAUCCACCCAGUAUAGUACGUAAGAAGUCCAUAACCGAUGCUAUUACUAAAUUUAUGCCCAGCACUUCGGCGGGUGCCAGUAGCUCGACAGCUACAGCGGUAACCAGCAUUUUCCGCACUCAUCCGCGUAUACCUAAGAAGAAAUAUCACGAGACAUGCUUUUCAGAUGAUGACUUUGAGACCACAGAGAGUGAAGAGGAGCCCGAACCUCUAGAGAUACGUCAACGGAAGCAAAGUGUGCCCGUAUUUCGUGCUUAUCCCAGCGUGCAAGAGCCAGAAGUUGUGUCACCAGAGGUGCUCGUGCAGAAGUUCAUGGACGAAAAACUGGUCGCAAAUAUCGGCGAAGCACUAAUCGCCGCCACACUAGUCAAUAUGAAAUUCCAACAAGAUGUCUCACUGUGGGCGGCUAAAGAAUGUAGUGAUCUGGAUCAAGCCAUUUCUAUGCUACAACAAGAGUGUGAACUCUGCAUGGGCACAUACCCCAUGAAUCAGAUUGUCUCAAUGCUCAAGUGCACACAUAAGUGUUGCAAGCAAUGUGCCAAAACGUAUUUCACAGUGCAGAUCACCGAUCGCAGCAUUAACGACUGCACUUGCCCGUUCUGUAAACUGCCCGAGCUCCACGGGCAUAACGAGCAUCAUGAUGAAAAUUUGGAAUAUUUCUCGAAUUUAGACAUCUUCCUAAAGAGUAUUUUGGAUGCCGAAGUGCACGAGCUAUUCCAGCGAAAACUCAGAGAUCGCACGCUCUUGCAGGAUCCCAAUUUCAAAUGGUGCAUACAGUGCUCGUCGGGUUUCUUUGCAAGACCCAAACAAAAGCGACUCAUUUGCCCCGAUUGUGGUUCUGUGACGUGCGCGCAGUGCAGAAAGACGUGGGAGAAACAGCACGAGGGCAUUUCUUGCGAACAAUUCAAGGAGUGGAAAGAAGCAAAUGAUCCCGAAGUGCAGGCACAAGGUGUGCAAGAACAUUUGGCGCAAAAUGGCAUAGAUUGUCCCAAGUGCAAGUUCAGAUAUUCGCUAGCCAGAGGCGGCUGCAUGCAUUUCACCUGCACUCAAUGCAAGUAUGAAUUUUGCUACGGUUGUGGCAAACCAUUUAUGAUGGGUGCCAAAUGCACGAUCUCUUCGUAUUGUGCUAAAUUGGGCUUGCAUGCACACCAUCCACGAAAUUGUCUUUUCUAUUUACGUGAUAAGUUGCCCAUACAAUUGCAAAUGUUAUUGAAACAAAACAAUAUCCCGUACGAUGAGGAUCCCAUUGAAUUACCAAACACGAAUGAGGAAAUCGCCUCUACUUCGAAGCCGAAAGUGGCACGUUGUCCCAUUCCCUUGCAAAAGGAAACACCGACUGGUCUAGUAGAUGCAGUAUGCAACAGUGAGGUGCCUGACAGACACGCCGGUUUGUGUCGCACACACUAUGUUGAGUAUUUAACUGCUAAAGUGGCUAAGGCACGCAUUGAUCCACUGCCCAUAUUCGAUUUAACCGAUUGUGUACAAGAGUUACGACGGAGAGAUAUACGAUUGCCAGAAAGAGGUCCAUGGGAUACGGAUGAAAUUUAUAAAGGAAUGUGUUCUGAGGUGAUUAAGAAAAAUAUUCCAUUGGAAACAACAUGAGCAUCGGUGCCAUAAGCUACCUGAGCCAAAGCAUGAUCACCCAUAUGCCUAACAUAUGAACGAUAUAAAUACAUAGAUGUCAUACAUGUACAUGUGUAUGUACAUUCAUACAAACCAGCGAACGAUGAUGGGCUGCAAAUGUUUGAGAAAGACCAAAAAAUAGAUACAAACAAAUAAAGAAUAUGUUAAUAAAUAAUUUUCCAAUAAUAUUUAUUUCUUUUUUAUAUUUUUUUUCUAUCCACUUGUCUUAUGCGCCGUAAAUAUUUAUGUUUUUGAUCAUCGCAGUCCACUGUAAAUUUUUUUUUUUAUUCAACAGUACGAGUAUACUACGAAAUGUACUCCUUAUUUCUAUAAGUAAAAUGUUCAAUUUACUAUAUGUAUUUUCUAAACACGUAACUAGUGAAUAAAGUAUAUACAAAAAAAUG